CGAAACCACUCCCGUGGUCCGUCUGUUUGUCUGUCUGUGCCUCGUUUGAAUCGGGUAUAAAAGCGGCAGAGAAGACAGUAUCCAGCAUAGAACACAGAAUGAAUACCAAGAGCGAAGUCAUCAUCAUUGCAGCUGUGCUCUGCUUCCUGCUGGCCUGCGUCGAGGGUCAACUGACAUUCUCGCCCGACUGGGGCAAGCGUUCGGUGGGCGGUGCUGGUGGCGGCAGCUCGGGCGUCUUCUUUGAACCGCAGCAGGGCAACUGCAAGACCUCCAACGAAAUGCUGCUAGAGAUCUUUCGGUUUGUGCAGUCGCAGGCCCAGCUCUUUCUCGACUGCAAGCAUCGCGAGUAGGAGAAGGGUCCAAUACUGAAGCUCCGAUCCGAGAAGAACAAACACACACACACACAGCCACCUAUUAAUCUAUAUAUAUAUAUAUACACUAUACAUAUAUAUCGAUGUCCAUUUAUACACACACGUAAUCGAGGGUAGUCGUAGUCGGCAUUUAGAUUUAAUGGAAUUUCCGUUUGAUAUCCGUCUCUCUUCAUUGAUGGAUGGAUCAAUAAAUAAGCGCAUCUAAAGUUGA